UCCUACCCAAAAAGCAACAGAGCGGUCGGACCGGUUGUUUUGGCUGAUGCUUUGAUGAGCACCCCAACUCCGUCUUAAAUUACCAAAACACCUCCCCAAAAAUCCAACAUAAAAUCCUCUAAAUCCCCAGAUUCAGGCAGGACUGACCUCUGCAAAUCGAAAUUUUUCCAGUUUUGAGUUGGAAGAGAUGUUGAUGGGUCAUGCAGACGGUACAUCUGAGCCUCGGUCAUCCAAGGAUCGGUUACUUCCUUAUGCUGAAUCAUCCGAGUUAGAUGAUGUUGACACUGCAGACUGUUCUGAGCAAAUUCUUCACACGGCCUCCUUCGAAGAGCUUGCAAAGAAUAUCGUUAAGUAUGACACUGUUAUAUGGCUUUCUAUAUCGCUGUUGCUGGUUUUAGCUUGGGGAGUUGGCAUCAUCAUGCUUUUAUAUCUGCCCUUUAAGAGAUAUGUUCUUCAGAAGGAUGUUUCCUCACGAAAACUAUAUGUUACGCCAAGUGAAGUAGUUUACAAGGUUUCGAGGCCAUCUUUCAUACCCUUCUGGGGCAUCACUACAAUUGAGAAGCAUGUACCCCUUUCCCUGGUGAUUGACAUCAUUAUAGAACAAGGUUGCUUGCAGUCAAGGUAUGGAAUUCAUACCUUUAGAAUUGAAAGUAUAGCAUGUGGAAAAGCCGCAGCUGUAGAUGAACUACAGGUUCAAGGGGUUUCUAACCCUAGUGGUUUGAGGAAGGUAAUCAUAACAGAAGCUUCAAAAGCCAUACGAGAAAGUGGUGUAAGUUGGAAGCCUACUGCCACCACUGCUGAAGGGGAAAGCAUGGCUCGUACUGGAUCAUUGACCGAGGGACCUCUUGUUUUGAGAUCGCCAUCUAAAAGCUUAAAGAUGUCAGCAUCACCACGCUAUGCUUCAAUAGAACGCAGAGGCAUAGUACCUGGGGAUUUACUACUUAAUAAACUUGACGAAGUCAAUAAAUCUGUGAAGAGAAUCGAGUUGUUAAUUGAGAAGUCCCGUGCACACCCCGAGUCCUCAACUGAAAUGAAGUCAGAUGUACGCUAGGCCUGUGGAUGUACCUUUAACAAACAACAAACAGCAGUGAAAGAAGAGAGAUGUAUAAAUAUUUCUGCAUGUGUCUGUAACUAUUGGAAUGGGUUACUAAGGGCUCCCCGGUUGCCUCGGUUGUAGCUGUACAAGAUGUUGCAACCUAAAAGCGUUUUGAACAGCGGCUCAUCACGAUUCCCUUUUGUUUAUCUUAUGGUAGAGAUUUGCAGUUUCUUACGAUCUUUGUAGUUUCUCAUUGACUGUGAUAUUGCAUAGAUAUAAUUCACCGUAUGAAAUUUCAGUUUUUAAGAUGCAUU